AUGCCGAGAACAGCGAGCUCAAUGGCCUUGUACCCUGCGCCCUCGCCACACCGCACUGAACCCGUUAUCCAGCCCAGCUAUUACACUUCUUCCCUAUUUGUCGAUCCUUUACGCUCUGACAUUGAUGACCUCCUCUCCUCAGUUUGUGAUCAGUGGCGACAGCGUCCUCAAGCACCGUUCUCUCUCUUCAAGUCCAUUUGGUGCGCCAAAGGAUGGAAAUGGUACCAUUUAAAGACCAUCAACGAUAGGAGUCGAGAAGCGUUUCUCCACGUAACCUGCCGUCUCUUCCUUGAGAAAGCACACAAUCAAAACGACCCUCUGUCCCAGUCAGCGGCGUUGCUUGCACUGUAUACUCUCUUUUCAAGUCAGCCAGAAGACACUGUUCCUCGUCUCUGGCGUCUCCAUCACAUCCCGAUCCCAUUGAAUGUCCACUCUGAACUGUACUCUCUGCCCAGUCGCUUGCAAGACCCAAGCAUGAAAGCUAUUCAGUCAUCCGUUGUCUACAUCCUCAACACCCUCUCCGAAAAGAAUACCUUCCUUUUGAUUCUCCCUACCCAGUGUUUUGCACAAAAUCCUCGCACUCUUCCUCGCGAGAUAUACCUCGGCCAAGGAUCAGCCAUUUCCCUAGAUAAGAGGAAGAAGGGCCGCCCAUCUAAGAACGACAAGUCCAGGAGGGUAAAAGAAAAGAUUGACCAUGUGGAAGCAUGGCUCAGCAAGACCGAAUCUUGGGCGACAGCAGCCUCUUCCGACGGCGCGACGAGUGAAACCCAGUUCAGCGAAUAUCUUCAACACAAAACAAAGCUGUUACAGUCUAUCGACGCUCAGUUGCCCACCUCCGAUGGUCGCUCCGCGAUAGCCAAGGCGAACCAUUCCGUUCUCGCUCGCCUGAAAGAAGUUCGUACUCUCCUCUCAAACGAUAACUUCCCACCAGAUCCCCUCGAAGGCGGGACCGGCAUACAACGCAUUGAGAGUGCCAUCCAGGACUUCCACAAGGGCAAAAACACAGGUAUCCUUGAGCUCUUGGAGGGUUCAGGGCUCGGACACGGCGGAUGUCAAUCGUCGUCUUCCGGAUGA